AUGGCCCCCACUGCUCUCGACAAAGGAAAAGCGCGUGCGCGUGCAGAGGAUGUUGAAAAAGACGUUGCACCUGUCAACACGCGCGCGACCUCGCCUUCUGCCCGCUCAAGCUCCUCAGGCUCCGACACAGACAGUGACUCCUCAGACUCGGACUCGGAUACUUCUGGCUCUGAUUCCGACUCGGACUCUGAAGAUGAUGUGACGCAAGAGUUCUUAGAGUAUCUGCUUGCCCAGGCCAGGCGUAAUGCCUCCCAGGCCUCCGCGCAGCAAGCCGCGAGCAAAAGCGGCGAGGAGGAAUUCAUUCAGUUGGACUCUGACGAUGAGGGUGAAGGCAAAAAACAGCUGCCAUUACCCGCACUAGACACCGGCUCGCUACCCGCCCCGUACAUCACGCUCUCAGAGGACCGCGUCGCCGGCCCCUCCAAGCUGCGCGACCCAGACGUCGAGCAGGCCCAGCGCGCCGCGUCCUCCAUAUCCGCGCCCGCAGUGCCCGCGCCGCCGCCAGAAGUGACGGCGGACGGGAAACGGCUCACGAAGAAGGAGGCGAAGCAGGUGCGUGCCCCGCCCCCGCUGCCCCCUGCAGCCCCCCUCUCACGCAUGAUGAAAAACAAGACCGCGGGCCCGGCGUGGUUCGACCUCCCCGCGCCUGCGGAGGCGGACCUGCCCCGGCUCUACCGCGAGGUCGAGGCGCUCCGGCUGCACAAGCAGCUCGACCCGAAGCAGUUCUACCGCAAGGAGCCUGGGGAGGGCAAGGGCAUCAAGGGCCUCCCAAAACACUUCGCGAUUGGCAAGAUCGUCGCGACGCCGAAUCCGUUCGGGAAGGCGAGCGCGGACAGCCUGCCGCGCGCGAGCCGGAAACGCACGCUCGUGGACGAGCUGGUGGACGACGCGGAGGCGAAGAGCUACGCAAAGAAGAAGUUCAGAGAGCUGCAAAGCGUGCGGGGCGCCCGCGGACGGGGCACCCUCGCGGCGAAGAAGGCGUUGCGGAAACCCAAGUGGUAG